AUGUUCACCUGUUUGGUUUCUAGCAAUAGCCGUACCACUGUCUCGUGCCCAUUCUCUGCAGCCCAGGAGAGUGGUGUUCGGCUAGAGUCGUCUUUAGUAUCCACAUCAGCCUCUCCAGUGUCGAUCAGCAGUUUGACUAAGAAGUCAUGUCCAUUCUCCGCAGCCCGAGAUAGUGGUGUUCGGCCAGCUUCAGAAUCUUUUGAGUUCACUUCAGCCUGUCCAGUUUCCAGUAACAGCCUGGCCACCGUCUCAUGUCCAAGCUCCGCAGCCCAACCAAGUGGUGUCGACCCGGUGACAUCUUUUGAGUUUACAUCGACUUUGCCGGUGUUAAGGAGGACCUUCACUACCGCCUCAUCCCCUGAUUGUGCAGCCAAUGUUAAAGGGGUUAGAAACAAACUAUCGCUUGAAUUCACAUCAACUAGCCCGGAUUCGAGUAACAGUUGCACCACACCGGCAUGUCCAUUUCCUGCAGCCCAACCUAGCGGUCCCCGACCCAGCUCAAAAUCCACGGCGUUUAGAUCAACUUUUCCGGUUUCAAGUAAAAGGUGGACCAUCUCCUCGUGCCCGUUCAUCGCGGCGAUGGACAUUGCAGUUAAGCCUGAUUCAUCGCCUGCAUCCGGGAAAGCGCCCUCUCGGAUGCUAAUCCAUGCAGUAUCUUCCACACCGUGCGCCGCAGCCCAGACUAGCGCUGAGCUCUCUGAGUUCCAUGCAUUAAACCGAUACAAGUAUGGGUUGAUGACAGCGUGA